AACACAGUUACUAUGAACGGUCGUGUCAGACGGAUGCUUCGGUACAGCAUUUUCGCGUAAACUAAUUGAUUUCUUCUAAUUAAAUUAUAGUGAAUCGUUGUGUUCGUGAUGCAAGUGUUAUGUGAGCCAUGAGAAUUAAUAUUGUGUAUACAUUUAUUAUAAAGACUUCAAAAUAGGGGGUGUAACUAGAAAACAAAAAUGGCUUCAGGCGACACGGACCAUAUCGAAGUAAUGGAUAGUUCCGCAUCUAGAAAGACGGAAAACGCCACAGCACCGACUGAAACGGAUGACGAUGAUAAUGAUAGAAGCUCAAUCGCCGAAAAAAAUGCACCGUACGACCCGGCUGUGGGCCCGCUGGGCGCGGUCAGCAAAAUCCACAAGUCGGACCGCAAGAUUGGCCACCGACGCGUCGGCGAGGGCGGCGAGAUCACGUAUAAGAAGAUCCAGUCCUCGCAGAUCAUGGGCUCCAUACAGCUCGGAAUCCAACACGCGAUCGGCGGUCUCGCGUCUAAGCCGGAACGCGAUCUGCUCAUGCAGGACUUCAUGACAGUGGAGACGACGAACUUCCCCCACGAGGGGUCCAACCACACGCCCGCCCACCACUACUCAGAGUUCAAGUUCAAAACGUACGCGCCGAUUGCGUUCAGAUACUUCCGCGAUCUAUUCGGCAUACAGCCGGACGAUUUCUUGAUGUCAAUGUGCAGCGCGCCACUCAGGGAGCUUAGCAACCCUGGCGCCUCCGGCAGCAUAUUCUACCUGACCAACGACGACGAGUUCAUCAUAAAGACGGUGCAGCACAAAGAGGGGGAGUUUCUGCAGAAACUGCUACCAGGAUACUACUUGAAUCUCGACCAGAACCCACGCACUCUACUGCCAAAAUUCUUCGGCUUGUAUUGUUACCAAUGCAACAGUAAGAAUGUACGGCUAGUCGCCAUGAACAACAUACUGCCGUCCUCAGUGAAACUCCACCAGAAGUACGACCUCAAGGGCUCCACGUAUAAGAGGAAGGCAAACAAAUCAGAAAGACAGAAGUCGUCACCCACAUAUAAAGAUUUGGACUUUAUGGACCACCACCCCGAGGGUAUAUUCCUCGAAGCGGACACCUACACUGCCCUAACGAAGACCAUGCAGCGAGACUGCAGGGUCUUGGAGAGUUUUAAGAUUAUGGAUUAUUCAUUACUAGUCGGCAUCCAUAAUCUAGACGAGGCUCAGCGAGAGAAGACGGAAUCGAGGAAAAGAACAGAUUCUGGUCAGAGCGACGAUGAAACGGAGGGAGAACCGAAACGUAGCGGGCUCAACCGAACCAGAUCAGAGCAAGUCAAGGAGGAUUUCGGGACGCAAGUAAAACGGACACAGUCUAUAAACCGUCAGCGACUAGUUGCGCACUCUACAGCAAUGGAGAGCAUCCAAGCGGAGAGCGAGCCCAUUGAUGAGGAGGAAGAUGUGCCCCCCGGCGGUAUUCCGGCUAGGAACGCGCGCGGGGAGCGACUACUUCUAUUCUUAGGUAUCAUUGACAUUCUUCAGUCUUACCGGCUGCGGAAGAAACUCGAGCAUACCUGGAAAAGUAUGAUACACGACGGGGACACAGUUUCAGUUCACAGACCAAGUUUUUACGCGCAAAGGUUUCUAGAUUUCAUGGCAAAAACUGUUUUCAAGAAAAUACCUUCGUUGGACCUCCCCGAGAUCAAAGGCAACCACCGCAAGUUCAGAACUCUGGUGACCAGCUACAUAGCACUGAAACACUCCCCGUCUAAGAGGAAGAGCAUCGCAAAACCGGCGAGACCUCAGGACGAGAUAGAAGCUGCAGGCGCUGCUGGAUCUAGCGGUGCAGCGGGAUUGAAAGCAGUGUCACUGUCUGACGUCACAGCACAUAUAACACCGACCUCAGUGACGUCACCAGUGGCCACUGCCGCCAAAAUUAUAGUGUCGUCUUCUAAGACGACCACAGCAUCGUCAGAACCAGAUAUAGCCUUCCCGGCUGUCCUUAAGGGCUCUCAGAAACAGAGAGUACCACCCCCUGUACCGCCCAGGGGCUCGCCUAAAGCGAAACGUGGCGGUGCAAACUCGCAGUCAUCCAGUCUCGACAUGAAAGCUGCAGCCCCGCUAUCCUGUUGCUCAACCCCGCCACCGCCGUUCGAGGAGGCGCCACCGCCGCGGACGAGUCGCACUAACUCGUCAUCGACCACGUCGUCGAGUGCGUCGGGCAGACGGCGCGGCGCGUCGAGCGCGGCUAGCGUUAUGACUACCUCGUCCGCGUCAUCGCUCGCGCUGACGCCGGCUGCGUUAAGCAGCGCGAGAAGUAAUGAGGCCAGUGUGUGCUGGACCCCGCCUGCGUCUGUGGAGGGCUCCACGCCCACGUGGACGGAGGGAACGCCCAGCUUCACCGAAUCCAGUAGCAGUGAACAAGGCUACCCCAUAACCCCGGCUCGAGGUGUCACCCACAGCGACGGGAGGCGUUCCCCCCGCCCGCCGCCGCCGCCCCGCACCGUGCCCCCUUCCACCAUUAACUGUCUCACAAGUGAAGUGGAAGAAGUUUUGGUGGUACACCAUUGAUAAUCUACGCCAUACGACCGUAAACAAGGCAGUAGCAGCUUAUGAAGGAAGUAAAAUAUUAAAAGUUAUUAAAAUAGUAGAUAAUAAUGAAUUCAUUGUAACGUUGUAGUCUUUGAAAACUGUUCAGCAAAAUAUAAUGCCAGGAAAAAAUGUAUUCUUUAUUUUUUUUUAUAAUUUAUUAUUAUAAUUCGUGACGAUAUGUGAUCGAUUUAUUAAAAAAAAAAAGGACGAAUGCUAUAACAAUAGCUGAGGGAAUGGUAUUCCUUUGCCACCCCCAAGAGCAUUUUAUUUAAUUGAAAACAUUAAUCUGGUACUGUGUCAAUUUUAAUAUUUUAGUGAUAAUGUUUUAUUAUUAUUUUAUAAUAUGUAACUUGCGCAGUAGUAUUUUUACAAACUUUUUUAAAACUCAUUGUCUAUGGUUAUGAAAGUUUUGGCGCCAACUGCGAUCUGUAAGGUUACACUUCGCAAUUCUUUCAAUCUUGAUAUUUUUCUGCUAUGUAUUAGUAGCUCUAUAAAAGAGUCAUAUAAGUUAAUACAUGAGAACUUUCUCGUUUGUAUUAUAAUUACAUGUUUGACAACGGAUUUAUUAUAAUGAGUAUAAAUACUCAUCUUUCUGGUGUGUAAUUUUGACAGUAUACCAUUAUACAUAAGUACCUACCUAUUUAAAAAAAAAAACAUUUCUUUUCUAAAUUUAUAAGUACAGCAUUCUUCUAAAUUAUAGAAUUAUAGUAUCCGAAUUAAUUUAUAGUAACACAUAUUUAUUUUCUAUCAUGUAUUAUUUUUACUAUUAUAAGGAAAUUGGAGAAUUAUGGUAAUGUAAAUUACUUUAAAUUUUUGAAACUUUUCUUGAAAUUUAAUAAUUUAAUUAAACAGUAUUUAAAAUAAGUCAAUCAUAAGUUACGGGACACCAUACCACACCACAUCAGCCGUUUACUGUCCACUGCUGAACCUAGGUACCUUCUAGGGGUUUUGCCAGUUGAUGCCGCUCUUGGCAGUCGGGGGGGUUUGUUUAUUAAAUUCCUGCAAUUAUUAAAUUCCCUUAGUUGCGUCUUACAACACCCACGAGAAAGAAAGGGGUGGCCCAUUCUAGGUCGAAACCACACAGCAAGAUUAAUCGAUGGUAUUUCGUUAACAAAUAAUAUAUUAUUCUAAAUAUUGUUUAAUUAAAUUACUUACUACUGGCAAUCUUGUACAAAUGUUACUUAGCUUUUCUAUAAAUAUUAUACCUGUUUCUAAGUAUAUACAAUAUUAAAAACAAUCGGUGCUUCAAAUGUAACCACACCACAGUCUAUUGCUGUCUAUAUUAUCCUAUAUUUAAAGUUUCUAUUAUAAAUAUAAGUAGAAAAAAUAAGUAAAAAGCUUUUUUAAGAUGGUUUUUAUUUAGGAACUCUAAAAAAGAGAUAAAAAAAAAAAAAAUUCAAGAGACGAGACCUAUAGAGGGUAGAGGUAAGAAGAACCUUCUCUGUUUAUGAAAAAGUGUCCGUCAAAAGGCGUUAAAUUAGCAGGAGGGCUAAGGAGAAAUUUUGAAGAAAAUAAACAAGGAAAACAAAACUUUCUCCUUUUAAUAACGCACUUUUCAAAAGAAAAUAUAUAAAUUAAAAAAAAAAAAAACAACGAUAUCGUAUAUAAUUAAUUUUACCAUAAAAUGUCAUUAUUAAACUUUUUAUUAUACAUUAAAUAGAAAAUAAUUUUUUUAAACUCGGCGCACUUCACUCCGUUAACAACCGCUAAAUUCAUAUCAUACACUCUUGCUACUCUAGCGCCAUUCUGGAAGGAUUUGGAACUAUUAUUUUCAAUUAACAGCUGGACACUUGUUAGUGUUUCCUCUUAUAAGACCAUACCUCUAUCCUCCAUAUUGAGACCCCAGGUAACUAUCUUCAAUACAUUUUUUCAUUAACAAAAAGCAAGGCAAAGGAAGUAGCUCAUUCAGGCUCGAAUUCUGUCAAAUAUUUUCUCCUAAUAGCCAAAUAAAAAAUAAGAUCAAUUUAAAUAUUAUAACUAUUUAACUGAAUACCGAUUUAAAGCCAUAGUUAUAUUUCUAAACAUGAUAUGUACCUACCUAUUUUGAUGUUUAGUAACAAAUGUUAGUGUAAAAAUAGGUUAACUUAUUUUAAAUUUUUAUUUACGCUUCUGUUUAUGAAUUUGUUUUUUUUUUUUUUUAUUUCUUAUUGCAUAAAUUGACUGAUUAUUCUUAGAUCUGAAUUUUACGCUUUAUUUUAAACAAUAUUUAAAUUAUUAUCCAUUUUUUUUGUGGUAUCACAAGUAGAAUUAAGUGUUGCGCAUGUCAGUUAAGUAAUAGAUAAAUUAAUAAUACUACAGUUAAGUUACGCUCAUGUUUACAUUUUAGAUCUGAAAAUAAAGUGUAUGAAAUAAAUAUUAGUGAUUGUUUAUGUAUUUUAUUUAUUUACGUAUUGACUUUAUUUUAUUUUUUAAUAAAGCUUAGAUUAAGUAGCUUAAUUACAUAUAUCAAUGCAAUUUAUGGAUUGACUUCUUUAUUUGAUUGUUAUUGCUUUAUUAUCUAGAUGGAGCAUCAGUCAGAAAACGGCUUAAAAACCUUAUUAAACUGUUUGGUAAACGCGUUUUUUCAUACUGCACAAAAGUCUAAGAAUGUAGACUUCAUAAGAAUCAAUAGACUGACUAGAAAUGACACCCAUCUAAUUUCCUUUGCGAAUGGGACUAUGCCGUCAAAAUGUAUCCUCUUUGCCAUCUGACUUUACGUUGAUUGGCAGGGUUGUGACAAAUUUAUUCGCCUUAAAUGUACGAUAUGGGACGACUCACGCGAUUCACAUGCGAGUGAACGAGACGUGCGCCCUCACUACUUUGUCGCUUGCGAGCCCUGACUUUAUAUAAUGCGCGAGUUGGACGCAUGACGUCAGUACGUAAAUUCAGGAAAGUAUCAAUUCUAUCCAGAAUAUUUAUUCUUAUGAUGUAAUAAAAUAAUUUAAAAAAUACAAUUUAUAAUUAUAUCUAUUCUUAUUUUAAAACGAUUAAAACGCAUCAAUAGACAUGAAAUUUAAAACAUUUGAAUUUAUAGAACGUAAUCUUGUAGACACACGAUUCCUCGUUCUAAAAUUGAUUAUUUUUAAAUAUAUCUGUUUUUUUUUUUUUUUAUUAAUGCUUUUUACAGCUUUGAGUACUAGUCUUUAGAGCCUUAUCGGUGCGUUUAAAUAGUUUUAAAUUAAGAAUAGUCAAUACUUAUUUAAUUUUGUCACGAUUGAAAUGAAUGUUUUUUGCGAAGUAAAAUCUGUUUAUUUGUAUUGUCGAAAUUCGUAAUAAGGUGGAGGAAUGUCUCUAGAUAUAACUAAAUAAUGGUAAUGUACGAACCUAUAUUAAAAAUUAUUUUUGAAACAUAAAAUAUUACUCUGUAAUAGCUUGGUUUCAAGUAUUUAUGAAAUUAUCUGCUACAAUUAUUAUAUAAUGUAAUCAAUUCUCGACUUAAGUACCUAUCUAUAGUCUUGCCGCCUUAUUCAUAAAAACGUCAAAUCUCCCAUAAACCUAUUUUGGCAAUUGACGCGUUUUCUCUCUUUCUUUUGUACUAAUUUCUCAAUUUGAAAAACAGUGAUAAAACACUAGUACUUAAAAUAGGUUUGUAGGACAUUUUAGUUAUCAAUCAAUACAUAUAAUAAAAUCGUAACUGAUCGCUGUCUCUACACAUGUAGGAAGAUAUAUAAGAAAACUGUUAUACGGAUGCUUUACAAACGCAACAUAACCCAAAACAAUGAUUAUUAGAAUUUUUGUCCGUUUGUCUCUCAGAAACGGCUUAACCGAUUUGAAUCACUAAUGCGUUGCAGUUUGCUCCAUUUAACAUUCAGUGUUUGUUUCAUUUCAAUCGGUUCAUAAAUACAAAAGUUAUAUCAAUCUAAUGAAUCACAUGUAAAAUGCUAUAAAAUAACCGAUCAGUUGAAUUGGCUAAAACUUUUUUUUUUUAUUGUAUGUAUUGAUUUUAAUAAAUUCUAUCUACUCAUGCGAAGCCGGGUCGGAUCGCUAGUAAUUAAUAAGUCGAUUAAUUAAUAUAAUACGUAAUAUUUAUCACGAAACGUUCAAAGUUAAAAAAUAAAGUAAAAAAUAUAACGUG